GGCGCCCCACCGAGAUAGUGCCACCGUGCCUUGUCGGCGAAAGGUGGGGAAUUCAUAUAGGGCAUGAGCUUCCUGUCGCGAAGUGAAUACGAUCGUGGAGUCAACACCUUCUCGCCUGAAGGUCGACUAUUCCAGGUCGAAUAUGCGAUUGAAGCCAUCAAGCUCGGUUCAACUGCCAUUGGAAUCUGCACCAAGGAAGGCGUCAUUCUUGUGGUAGAGAAGAGGGUGACUUCUCCGCUGGUCGACCCAACCUCCAUUGAGAAACUGCUAGAGAUUGACUGCCACAUGGGCUGUGCCAUGAGCGGUCUGACCGCUGACGCUCGAACUUUGGUGGAUCAUGCCAGAGUCGAAGCCCAGGCGCAUUGGUUCACCUACAACGAGCGCAUGCCCAUUGAAAGCAACGUGAACGCUAUUGCAGACCUUGCCUUGGACUUCAGCGAUUCGGACAAGAAGAAGAAAACAAUGUCGCGUCCAUUCGGUGUUGCCCUUUUGGUUGGUGGUGUUGAUCCAUGGGAUGGUCCUGUGCUCUUCAACACAGAUCCUUCCGGGACUUUCACCAAGUACGCGGCCUGCGCCAUUGGGAGCGCCCAAGAAGGAGCCACGAGUAUGUUGCAGGAACAGUACAACAAGGAUAUGACAUUGAAGGAGGCCGAGAUUUUGGCACUCACCACACUGCGGCAGGUCAUGGAAGAAAAAUUGAGCAAAGUCAACAUCGAAGUGGGAGUGGUGCCAGCAUCCACUGGAAAGUUCCGCUGCUACAAUGCAGAGGAACUCGAAGAUGUGAUUUCUCGCUUGCCUGCACCAACGCUCCCAACCUUGUCGAGCGCGACGGGUCCAGGUCGAAGCGACCUCUCAUACGGCGGGCCUUAAGAGGGCUCAAAAGCUAUACCUGGACAGGCUUGGCAUUCAGGACGCGUCAGCACGGAGCAUUCACAGCGCUCUGACGAUUCAUGGAAAAGGCAGUGCGUUUGCGGAGAGAUCGGAGAGGAACAUGG